ACGUCCACAGUGCUCCGCGCGCUCGCUACGUCCGGAGCCCGUGGAGUCGGCGUUUCCGGCCAUUCAUACGCCUAGUCGGGCCUCGGUUGUUGCAUUCUCUGCGUUAUCGAGCAGCAAGGACGAUUGCGCCGCGACGAUGAAGCUCGUGAGAUUUUUGAUGAAAUUGAGUCAUGAAACUGUAACCAUUGAAUUGAAGAAUGGAACACAGGUCCAUGGAACAAUCACAGGUGUAGAUGUCAGCAUGAAUACGCAUCUUAAAGCUGUGAAGAUGACCCUGAAGAACAGAGAACCUGUACAGCUGGAAACGCUGAGUAUUCGAGGAAAUAACAUUCGCUAUUUUAUUCUACCGGACAGUUUACCUCUGGAUACACUACUUGUGGAUGUUGAACCCAAGGUGAAAUCUAAGAAGAGGGAAGCUGUUGCAGGAAGAGGCCGAGGCCGGGGUAGAGGAAGAGGACGUGGCCGUGGCAGAGGAAGAGGGGGUCCCAGGCGAUAAUGUCUCUCAAGAUUACUGUUUCAGAGUGAUGAGUGAUUCGGGAUUUCUUUUGUACAGGCUUUGUUUGUUUAUGUCACUUUUUAAUAAACAUAAAUGUUGGGCAGAAUUGUCUAUUGACUGUAUUACAUUGAGGUUUUAGUAGUUUCAUAUUCAUGAAAUUGCCCCUGUGAGACCUAAGCAUUUCUUAGAUUGUUCCCUUCUUAGAUGAUCAGACUUUAAUUUUUGAAAUACAGUUUUUCUGUUAGAAUAUAUAUAUAUAUAAAGAGAGCAACCACGUACCUUUUUACUUCACAUGCUCUGAAUAUGUAUUUUGUUACUUUACUCUCGACUCCUAUCUGUGGAACCUACCUAUAGGUGAAAUCAUAAAUUCUUUUUGGUACUGUAGAAACUCAAGUCAUUAGGCUGGCACCGCAGCUCACUUGGCUAAUCAUCCACCUGCGGCGCCAGCAUCCCGGGUUCUAGUCCCGGUUGCUCCUCUUCCAGUCCAGCUCUCUGCUGUGGCCUGGGAAGGCAGUGGAGGAUGGCCCAAGUGCUUCGGCCCUGCACCCGCAUGGGAGACCAGGAGGAAGCACCUGGCUCCUGGCUUCGGAUCGGCGCAGCAUGCCAGCCCUAGUGGCCAUUUGGGGGUGAACCAACGGAAGGAAUACCUUUCUCUCUCUCUUCUGUCUAACUCUGCCUGUCAAAAAAAAAAAAGAAAAGAAAAA